ACCGGGUACAGAGCGCAGGACGUAAGAGAGGGAGACGCAUCACGGUGAGGGAGAUAGAAAAGACGGAGGGAGGAGGCGACAGCGGCUCGUAAACACGACAGAAAGCGGCGAUCACCCCCCUCCACCGCCAACCCCGUGUCCCUCCUCAUCUCUCCAUCUCCAUCCUUUUUCUGCACCGUUCGGCUCAUCCCUUUUCGCGCACGAAAGACUGCUCGGCGGUUUCUGUUUUCUCUUUAUUUUAAUCUCUUGUGGACAGACCUCAGCUCGGUUGGUCGUGGAAUAAACACCAGAGGCGAGAGAGGAGGCUGUGCCAUCACUACGACCGACAGGAUCCACCGUAGGUCCCGCUCGGGACGAUCAUCGGCGCGACCGAUUCGGUGGGUAGAACCAGAGGAGGGGGAUAAGCACUGCGAGAUGACUGUAGAGUAACCCGGCUGAGGCUCAGAGAGAGAGAGAGAGAGACCCCGGCCCCUGGUUAUCACCGAGACUCCAGCAUCACCAAUGCGAUGGCAUAGCGGCUUCUGCAGCAAAACUACCAGACUAGACUCGGAUCAGCAGGGCUCUCAUCCACCAUGAACCUCUGAAAGACAUCCGACACAGGCACAGAUGGGAUGAAAAUGCGGCGGCACAGGGUGUUCUUGCUGUGCACAGUGGGCCUGUGCGUCAUCUCCUUCCUCCACUACUACAAGGCCCUCCACUACGUCUCCCUGCUGCGCGAGCUCUCCGCCCCCUACCCCAACAUCAAGUCCUUCAUCAUGGUCACUGGCUUCUUCUGGAGGGAGAAGGGUGUGGGCACCACUCCGAUCAGCCCCGCCUCCCCUGAAGAGGCCCCUCCCCUACCUGUUCUCCGUCAGUCGGACGGUAAAGGUCGAGCUGUGGGGGGAGCUGUGGGAGGAGGAGGCGGGGGAGGGGCAGGGGGAGGAGGAGGAGGAGGAGGGGGUCUGGGGAUUGGGGGUGUCAUGAUCGGAGGAGGGGCUGGGAUUGUUGGCAGUGCAGGGCUGGAGAUGAGGUUGAGGGAGGAGCCGGCACCCCCUCACCCUUGGGAGAAGCCAGAGGAGAACCAGCGAGGAGACGCUCCGAAUGAGGAGAGAGCUGACGACCACUUGAAACUGCGAAAUCCAGUCCAGCCUGCCGCGCCUGACCUCCCAGAGGUCCCAUUGGCAGGAAAACAGCACCUAGAUGUGUUGCUCAAGAAUCACUUGCCUGACCCCUUAGAAUCCAUGGGAGACCUCCACAUCCGCACUUACCAGCUUCCAGACGACAAAACACCUUACUUUGUCCGAACCAAAGCUGGCGCCCUUUGUUUCAGGCAGGGGACAGAGGUGGCCACCCAAAAGGAGUACUCUGGGAAAUCAGGGGGUUCUGUGGCUAACGGAGCAGGGGACAAUGCUCGAGCGGUCGGGCAAAGGAAACCUCUUGAGGUCCAGCAGCAGCAGCCCUCUGCAGCUCCAAAAGCCAAGACCAGGGCUCGAGGGAACGGGAAGCGGCUGGUAAAGUGUGUGUGUCGGCCGGGGUGGCACGGACCUUACUGUGGGGUUCCCACCAUGGUGUACCACUCCAAUCUGCCCACCAAGGAGCGGCUGACACCCAGGGAGACCCCACGGAGGGUGAUCAACGCCAUCAACGUUAACCACGAGUUUGACUUGCUGCAUGCGCGCUUUCAUGAGCUUGCUCAAGCAGUGGAUCUUUUCCUCAUUUGUGAAUCCAACUUUACUGCCUAUGGAGAGAAAAGGCCUCUGAGUUUCCUGCGGCUCCUCCUCAACGGUACGUAUGACUACAUACGUCACAAGAUCCUGUACGUGUUCCUCGAUCACUUCCCAGAUGGCGGUCGGCAGGACGGCUGGAUCGCAGAUGACUACUUGCGCACCUACCUGACGCGCAACGGCUUGGCCAGAGUGGUCGGCAUCAGGUCGGACGACGUCUUCGUCAUCAACGACGCAGAUGAAAUCCCAGCACACGAGGGCCUCCUCUUCGCCAAGCUCUUUGAUGGGUGGACGGAGCCCUUCGCCAUCCACAUGCGCAAGUCACUGUAUGGUUUUUUCUGGAAGCAGUUUGGCUCUCUAGAGGUGGUGUCAGGCUGCACGUUGGGGAUGCUCCGCGACGUCUACGAUGGCGACGGUAUCAAGCUCCGCCGUCGCGAAUACUACACCAUGCCGGGUUUCCGCAAGUACGAGAACGACACAGGCCACAUCCUCGUGCAGUGGUCAGUCGGCAGCCCCUUCCACUUCGCGGGGUGGCACUGCUCCUGGUGCUUCUCGCCCGAGGGGAUCUACUUCAAGCUGGUGUCGGCUCAGAAUGGAGACUUCCCACGGUGGGGCGACUACGAGGACAAGCGGGACCUCAACUACAUCCGCGAUCUGAUCCGGACGGGGGGUUGGUUUGACGGCUCCCUGCAGGAAUACCCCCCUGUGGACCCCAAAGAGCACAUGUACGCCCCAAAGUACAUGCUGGAGCACUAUGACCGGUACCGCUACCUCCUGGAGAACCCUUACAGCAAAGCGUCCAGACUGAGUGAAGGCUAGGAGUUCAGCAAGGACAAGAUACGUGAAAUAACUAGUAGGACCCAAGUGAGGCCUCAGCACUGAGUUUUGAGGGACGGAACGGUACUGAUGAACUACAUCUCUCAUUGGAGCGAUACUACAUGUAUCUCCACCAGGCAGCACUGAUGUUGCAGGGACUUAAACUCUCUUAAAAAUCAUUAUUUUGGGGUCAAAAAAGGGAACACUGAAUCGCAUCUACCAUAGAAUUACGGAGAGCUCGUCGAGAGGAUACAACCACUGGAUAAACAAAAUCAUAGAUUUCCUCAUUCCUCCCUUUUUGGGGGAGGAGCAAAGCUAUCUCUCUUUGUCAACCCGACCUGCCCUGUCCUCUCUUUCUUCACCUGAGCUGAUUCAACACACCUGCUGUCUGAGAGAAAGCGGCCGCCUCGAAGUAAAGAGAGGGAUAUUUCACAGCCCUGUGAAACCCGCGGAGACGAGAAAAUUGGAUGUAAAGAAUUGUUUCGUUUUUUUUCUGUCUGUGUUUACUAAAGUUUACGGACCGGCUAAUGUUCCCACUUCACUCUCCCCCUUUCAGAUGUCUUCCUCUCAUAAUCGGUGACCUCCUUCUAGAAACAGACACGUUAAGAUAUUACCAUAUUCUUGGGUCUCAGUAUAAAUCCUAUUAAACCCUGCUGGAGUUCCCACUGCCAAAAUGAAAAAGGAAUGACUCGGUGGAGAUGUCUCAGCUCAUUCAUGUACUCACACUCAUCCCCAUGCACCUUAGACCUGUCUGUGUGUUUGUGAAAAGGUGUGUGUGUGUGGUCUUUGUAUUAUAUUGCGAGGUUUUUGGGCUGUGAAGCGGGGGACAAGAUCAGCGAGAGGAAACAGAAAGCGAGAAAGAAUCUUCAGGGGGUAGGGGGCAGCGAAGAAAGACAGCGAUAUGGGAAAACAGUGCAAGCGAGACAGAAGGCAGGAAAGAAAGGAGAGUAAUGAGGGAGGGAGAGAGGUGAUGAAAAGGAAAGAAAAGGAGGCUCCCUCGACGUUCCCUUUUCCCACAGUGUCUGCUGACGCACGAGUGUUGCAGGGAUGAGCGUGCAGUAUGUGUGUGUCCCUCAGAGCUCACAGACAGCUCUGAAUAAAUCAUGUCCUGUCGAUGGCAUCCGAGACGGAUGAAACUCGCCGUUAUUGUUUGUCCGAUGAGAACAAUCGAGACCGGUCAGGGGGGGAAGAUCGCCCUUCAAUUUCAUCUUUCUGUCCGUCCGUCCGGCAGCUGGGAUGACUUUGUUUCCUUGGAAACUAAAGUAUGUGAAAAUGGAGACGGGAUGGGUGUUUUUAAGACUAGUGGGUGGGUUCACAUCAGGCGAGGAGCUGCAGCGUUCAAAUGAGGUCAGCGCCAACUGUGGGUCCCCUCGGUUAAAUAUUCCUUCUUCAACUCAGCUGUCAAUCGCCCACUCUCUGAAAAUGACUCCACCAAGCUUUUUCUGUCUUUCUCCUGUCCUCUUUCUUUUUCUUUCACUGUUAAGUGUCCUUUUUUCUCCCUUCUUUGGUGUCAGUUUCCUCUUAAUCCUCAUUAGGAAGGCAUGUUUGUACUCUCUUCAAUUUAAUUAUUAGUCUCUUUUUCUCUGCACAUUCUCCUCUGUCAGAAAUCUUCAAUUCUUCCUCUAAUUUUCCCUCACACACACAGCUCUCACUCCAUUUUGGGUGUGUAUCUAUUUCCUGUUAAUCCUCACAAGAAUGUCUUGUUUCAAUAAUAGGGAUAUAUUUAUCCUUCACUCCGCCUCAUUUCUCUCCUCCUGUCUCGACAGGACAGGACAGCCGUUACCAUGGCGAUGCCUUGCCUGUGCCCACAGAUCACUAUCAUCUGAAGAUUUAGGCAUGAGCUCUCAUGCCUCUUGCCUUCUCCCUGCCGUAAGCGGCUGUCGAUGUGGCUACGUGCCUAAAUCCCCACCCCACAUCGACUGGCAGAAGUUGGUGGGCAAUUUGGCGAGCUUAUCUUUCUCUGUGGGUGUCUCAUGUGGGCUGAGGCCAGUGGGGGGGGCUGGGUUAUUAAAGGCGGCACAAUUAACAAUACAGGGGUUGAGUUGAGAAGGACACUAAACGUGCAGCAGACAGACAAGUACAAGUAAAAAACAGUAAAAGCAUUGAUUUUGCUGUUAACUGCAGAUUGACUGCAUCCACCAUCUGCUUCUUUAACGCUUGUCUGGGCUUUACAGUUAUUGUUUACCGCAGCUUCAAGCAAGAUGCUGCUUCAAAGUGAACCUCGAGAGGAAUAAAAAGUUUUGGAAAGGAAACUUAAGGGGCUGAGGGUAGGAGUUAAACUAUUUGAAAAGACAUAAGUUGGAUGUUGUAGCUUCAACUUCACUUGCAGACACGUAACAUCUAAAUCCAAAAUCGCUUCAAGGUGCAUUUUUUCCCACAACCUGGCUUAAAGUGUCCUUGAGAAAGACCACAACCUCCUCAUGUAUCAUUUAGUCCCUUUGCAGCUAAAACCCUAUCACAUAUCCCAUGAAAGCUUCACUGACAGAAUACAUAACAAAGCUGAGAUUUUGCAAAAUUAGUGAGAGCAUAUCUGCCUGUCACCCGGUCACCAUGCUGGCUCUCCGUGAGCUCAUGGUGGGAAAAGCAGAUUAACCAACAGGCCGCUGACAGUCGGGUCUGUGCUGCUCGUCUCGAUGGCAGCGUGGUCUGCAGCGGCAGCUGUUAGGGGUUUGGUGCUGGCGUUGAGAGGCAAACUCCAAUCCAACCCCAGAGGGCCUGCAGAGACACAAGCUUUAAAUAGGAUUUGGCAUCAUAUGACAGAGGAGACAGCGACAACAAUGCGGAAAGGGAUGAAAGUUAUAGAGUGGAUGUUGUGUAUUUUAGAGGUGUUAAAUCAUUCAUUCAGGCAGUUUUCUGAAAUGCAUGGUUAUCGACCAUGGUAGAUUACAUUAUUUUGAACUAUCUGCUCUGCUUUUUGGGCUAUUUUGUAAUAAUUGAUGGUUCUUCUGUCAACAUAAAACUUACCAAAGUAUCAACAACAAACAGAACUUCUCUCUAACUUCACAACUUCAAACCUCAACCAUGUGCAUCUCCAUCUCUCUCCCUGUUAAAAAAGGAAGUUAAUAUUCUAAUUUACACACUUCCACAUGCAAAAAACAAGAUGUUUAUUCUUCCAUCUCAGGAAUGGAACCACAGGGGCGUCCGUUCAAUCCCAUCAAGGGCUGGGGAGUGCGUUUGCGUUUAAGCUCUGCCAAGAGGCAUUUAACUCCCAACUCUCAGCCGGCUGCAAUCAGGCUGCACAUCUGGUGAGCAGUGUUUGCAUAUUUGUAUGUAUGCUAUGCACUUUUAAAAACAUUUAUGUGUGUGCAACAGAGUGACUCAUGCCAGAUAAGGGUGUCAGCCAGGAUAGCAGACCAAUAGGAUGAGAGGCGAAGGAGAGCAGAGGGAGGACGAUAGGAGAGAAUUACAAAACUAUUUAUUUCCACUUGCACGACCAGCGAGUAGAAAAUGCAAAACCUCUCGUUGCUCAGUGGCUUGCUGUAAAUGUCGUUGCAAUGUGGAGAACAGUGCACAUGCAGUAUAAACCAUUCACCUGCACACAGCAUUUUACAAUUUAUGAGCAUUUUUCACAGAUUUUCCUAACUCAUCCCAGCAAGCAAACAAUAUGCAUGUGGAGCAUAAAAGCUAGACAAAACAGUUUUUUAGUUUUUUAAAUCUUGAGCCAGGAAUAAAAUGUAAAAUGGGAGGAAAAAAUUUGGACUUUAAAAAAUAGCAUCUAUUUGCUAGACAUAACCUCUCUGGUAAAAAAAAAAAAAAGAAAUUCCCAUCUUUCAAACAUGACACCACUUCCUAACACAGCCUUUUUUGUUAUGAGUGUGUAGCCUCAUGUAACCCUGCUGACAUCACUAUGACAUCAUUACGGUUACUUCUAAGAUUCGCAACGCUCUUCAAAAGCCGCAGGAAACAAUAUACACCAGUUCUCAGUUUGAAUAGGACUGACAGUGAACAGUGAAAUACAGACAUGCAGUGUUAACCAUUAACCUGCACACAGCAUUUUACAAUUUAUGAGCAUUUUUCACUGAUUUUUUUGACUCAUCCCAGCAAGCAGACAAAUAUGCAUGUGGAGCAGAAAGCUAGACAAAACAUUUUUUUUUUUAAAUCUUGAGCCAGGAAUAAAACCCAAAAUGGGAGGGGAAAAAAAUUGGACUUAGCACAGACAAAAAGAAAAAUAGAGUCCCGGUUCAAUAAAAAGCCAAGGUUGAUGAAUGGAGACUCAAAUGAGACAUUUCAGAAAUAAUCCAUCCACUGCUGUUCCCAGUGACUGUCUUAUUGGAUGAAGUGUGGUUAUGUCAUGGGUAGAGGAGGGAGGUAAUAAGCUUGACCGAACGGCUUUGAUUUUUCACUUUGAUGAGGCAAAGUCAUCGCUGCGAUGAAAUGAAACACCAUCCAAAUGAAGGGAGCAGCUCAUCAUCCCUGUAAAAAAAAAAAAAAAAAAAAAAUAGCAGAUCCCUACACCAGUGACGGUUAUAGCAGAUUGUGAUGUUGAAAGCGGCGUUUGCGCUCAAAGCAUCUUUGUCUUCCUCAAGGACACUUAUCUGGCCACUCAGCAGAUGUUACAAAACUUAAACCUGUGACAUGUGUGCUCCUGACUGAUCGCAGCACUGGCCUGGCACUUGAUGUCAUGAUCAGUCAUAAAAUCAAUAAAGAAAUAACACAUGGGAAAGGAAAUAGCUGCAGCCUGCAACGACAACACAUUUACAGCUUAUUUACAGCAUUUUUUAAAUUUUUUAGAGGAGUGUCAAACAUUUUCCAGAUACGAGCUUUGACUUUCAAUUCGAACACGUUUUUACGGGCUCGCCGCCAACGAAUAAUCUGCAAUAAACAUGGCUGCUUGCUUCAGGAGAUUGGAACAGAGGGAAUAAAUUAAGUAUAAAGUGCAUAACUGUCAACGAGACAAGAUUGUGUUGCUAGGAAACAGCUCGGCGCAGACUUUGUGUCUUUUCAGUUAUUGAUAUUAGCAACAGGAAAUAACUGACUAACCCAUUUUAAAGGUUAAUGUUUAGACCUGGAGUGGUCUAAAUGGAGGAUGAAAGUGCUGUUUUAUGAGCGUGUUUUCUAAAGAAAUAUUUACAUUUUUCUGUGUGCAGGUUGUCUGCAAAGGUUUGUCACUUCUCGAUAUCAGGCAGUUCUUUGCUUCAUGCAAAGUAUUUCCUUUACAAAGAUUCAUUUAAAGGCUUAAAGGGACCAUCCAAUGAUUUAUUAUUGCACUUCCAUAAAGUUUAGGUUCUUGCAAGAUGCAACAAUAAAAGAAAAAAAAGAUUUCUUCAUAAUGACUAGAUCCUACCUUUCCAGCAGUGUAACUCAGUAGCAUCUAUUUGCCAGACAUAACCUGUCUGCUAAAAAAAAUUCCCAUCUUUUAACAUGACACCACUUCACAGUCUGUUUUGUUAUGAGUGUGUAGUCUCAUGUAACCCUGCUGACAUCACUAUGACAUCAUUGAGGUUACUUCUCAGUGCUCUUUGAAAGCCGCAGGAAACAAUAUACAACAGUUUGAAUAGGACUAACGACAUCUAGUAAACUGAUCAGUUUCACAAAGUUGGAGCAAAAUUUGCAGACGCAGAAUCUUUACAGAAAUCAGAACCAAUAGUCUAAAAAGGAUCAUUAUCAACCUCCAAAACCCCCUUUAUUAGUCCAACAAUGUUUUCAGCACACACACUAACCAACACAUGUUUAUAGCAUUCAGCACGUGUGUGUAUUUGGCACAGAUGUGUGUCUCCAGGGCUGUGUUGCCCCACCACCAUCACUACAAUCACCCCCCCAUCUGUUGUUUUGCUUGCAGAGUGGCUGCCUGUCUACGGGGCUUACAUGCCUUCACGGCGCUGGCCCCCUGCCAGCCCUGUGGCUUCCACCGAUUGAUCUUUUCCAAGAAACAUUAGCGGCAGGCAGGCCGGAAAUCAAGGAGGAGGGUGUGGGGGUGCGUAGAAAAGAGGGUCAUUUUACUUGGGUCCCUUUCUGACUUUGUUGUUGAAGUCAUUUCUUUCUUUCUCUCUCUCUCUCUCUCUCUCUCUCUCUCUAGUGGCUCCUACGUGGGUCUGGAAUGUGUGGAAACCUUUAGAAAAAUCCCCCAAAAAGUGCUGUCUUGGUACACCAAAGACUGCUUUUUUUCUCAGUUUUGAUUCCUCACGUCUUGUAUAACAAUAUUAAUUCAUGAAAUGUGGAUUAAGGCUUCAAAUCAAAUCAAGUAAUAAAGUUUUUUAAAGAAGGUAUAUUGAAAAUAGAAACCAGCACACGCCUCCGGUCAGGCCGCAGCAACAGAAAGCUGCUGCUGUCGUCAUCCUGGCUGUAAACAUGUUGUUAUUCUCUUCAUGUAACGGCACGGAGAGCAUUUGCAUUCCACUAGCCGAGCGAUCACAUUAACUCCGACAGCUGCAACGAUCUGUCACCACUGAUUGGAAACUACUCGCUGUUACUAACCACAAACAUUAGCCAAAACAAGUGCGAGUCUUUAACCUGUUUUUUGUGCCCAGUUGGACUCCACGUCCAGAUUUAUUAGUAUACGACUCAAACCUACAAAUGGUUUUUAAAGGGGCCAGUAAUCCCACAUUAAAAAACACUUCCCUUUAGUCCUACAGGAUCCAGGUUUGGGUUUUUUUUGCCUAGACUUUGUGAUAAACAUCUUUAAGAUUUUUCUUACCCAGUGGAGGUGAAGGGAAUUUGACCAAUGGUGCUUACAAGAUUGAAAAAUCACAUUUAGUGUGUAUCCAGUUUUCAUUGGAACUGCCUUCUACCAAAGUAACAGUUCUUAGGAAAACUGACUGUAACUCUGAGUAUUCCACAGUAUAUGCAGAGAAAAUAUUCCUUGAAAGAGACGUUGCUGCAAAAAAACCCACAACUUCCACUUUCAUUGAACCGGGGAUUGAGUAACGUUUCUCAGAACUUGGCCAAAUCCAACCCAGACUUUCUGCAUAGCAAGAUACCACUGGAGAUACACAAGGAGAAUUGUUUGAACUAACCCUUUACAGCAUUAAAAAACACAGUAUUUGUGAAAAAUAGGAAUGUAGGAUUUUUCCACUGCAAGCUAAAACCUUCCUUUUGUUUAUGGGUCUUUUUAAUGAGUAAAUCAAUUGGGCGCAGUUCAGUUCAGUAAAAGCAGCCAAGUCAUGUAAAAAUUGCAUGGAGAAUAACUUGCCCUAUCACACAGUGAAGUGGGCUCGAAUUCAGCAAAGAAAAAGCAAUACAUUAAACAGCAGUUCAGAAGCAGUGCCACAUAUGAAAUAGUGUGGAAACAUUCGUAGUGUUGAGUGGAAAAGUCCUGGAUAUAUGUCAUGUGUUGUUUGAUGAACACGUCGUAUUUAUAACAGCAAAAUAGAGGUGAGUGUGAGAGAGAGAGAGAGAGAGAGAGAGAGAGUCUGUCAGGACUCAUAACACAUCUGAGUGUGUUCCGGGAGAGAUUGUUGCCGUUAGGGUGGGUGUGGGACGAGUUUAGUCCAGGACUCCAUAUGUUGUGACACCGCAGAUCAAAAAGAUGAAAGUCAGCGUGGCGCUGCAGAGACAGAUGGACGCAGUGACACAUACGUGCGCGAAAAGUCGGGCAUGCAGAUAGGCCGACACCUGGCUGCAGAUCAAAUGCCAUCAGACACUGGAGGGAAGGGAUGAGUGUUGAGUGUGUGUCUCUCUCUGUGUGUGAGGCUAAACUGUAUGGCCAAAAGAAUGUGGACAUCACUGACAACAUUAUUUUGUUAAUUCGUGGUGGUGCAGGGGUUUUUUCUGCAACCAUGACUCAGCCUUAGUGGUAUCUGCUCUACCAGCGAUCCACCGGGACGCCCAAUGGUGCAGGGUGUUUCAUGCUGAAGGCUAAGCUCAUUUGUUCCAACUGAGAGAAAUAUGGGAGUCCUAAAAUAUUUGUGACUAAAUAAGCAAAAAUCACAUUUAAAAAAACUAAUCUUUAGAUGCUAUUUAUUAAAGGGGCAGUGUGUAGGGUUUAGGGGGGUUAUUUGGCAGAAAUUGAUUAUUCAUAUAUAAACACUGGAAACAAUUUGUUGUGCAUGUUUUCAUUCACUUAGAAUGAGUCAUCAUGUCUACUUAGGGAGCAGGUCCUCUUAACUGGAACCCAUCAUUUUUCUAUAGUAGCCCAAAGUGGACAAAACAACACCAACCGUAAAAUAAAGGAGAUGAUGAUCUCUUUUGGAGAAAAAAAGCUAUUUAUUUGAGUUGCAUGCUGACAAGCAGAUAGUACUUCUGCCUGAAAAACUAAGAAUUUGGACGGCCUUUUGUAUUUUUACGUUACCAAAAGGGGGCGGGGUGAGCGGAGUGCAACCUUCUCACUAGAUGCCUUUCAAAUCACUCACACUUGUCUCUAAGAAUUUAGGUAUUUAGAAAUACUCAAACAUUUUCAAGUUACUGGUACCAGCCAGAAAAGUGUCUGGUACAUCAUCGACCACAAAAAAAGACGAGAUACAAUGUGAUAAUUAGCGACCUGUAGAGGUGCUGGUCAUUUUUACACAAAGCUGUUAGCUUUGCAGUGUUAGCUUGGUGCCACGAUGGCUUCAUACUUAAGAUACAGACCAGCGAUAUUUUUCCUCAUCUAACUCAACAAGAAAGCUAAUCAGCUUAUUUCCCAAACUAUUCCUUUAACGCCAAAUAACUUUUAAUCUGCUUUAUUGGAACUGUGUGGCUGUGGUUUCAUUAUAUUUGACUCAGUAUCUGAAACACCCAUCAAGCGUGGUUUUCUUAAUCAGAUGUUGCUGCAACCUGAUUGCUGCUUUUCAUUUUUCUCUAAUAGAGUCCGCCCCACUUUGAACCAGCGGAUGAGCACGGAUAAAAUAAGAUAAAACAGAAAACCAUUCAUGUGAAACAACCAAAACAGUUCCCACUUUGGCAGAAAAUAUGUGUUCAUGUUGGAUCCCAUCACCCAUAGUAAAAAGCUGAUUGCGAACAUGUGUUUUCAAGGCCUUUCAUGCUACACACUACAGUGAUAUUUUAGACUCUAGGUUUGUGGUUUGGGGAAGGUCUUUUCCUGUUUCAGCACGACAAUGCCCCCAUGGCCAAAGUUGGGUCUGUAAAAAAAGUUUUCUUACUGGCAGCACUAACCUCAACCCCAUCGAGCACCUUUGAGAUUGAUUAAUUAUUCCUCUUGUGGCUGAAUGGGGAAAAAACGUUGCAACCAGCUUCCAAAAUCUUAUGGAAAGCCUUCCCAGAAGAGUGGAGGCUGCUGCAGCAGAUUAAUGCCCACGGUGUCAUUUUCAGGUGUCCAUAUACUCUUGUCCAUGCAGUGUGUGUUUUUUCCUCUUUGCGGGCAUGUGUGUGGUCUUCUUUGUAACUAAAGCCUACCUGUUCUUCUCAGAAACCUGCCGUCCCUCAGCGACCCGAGCUGAACUGAGACGGAGGCGGAGACAGACAGGGUGAUGGGGGUUAGAAAAAAGGGCAAAUGAAGGGGAGGGGAAGGGAGCGAGAGCGAGCCUCCAGAGGGGUUUGAAUUCCUCGCAAUCAGAAAUGGGAGACAGAGAUGGAAAGUGGGAGUGACUGAUCCUUACAAUCACAGACUUCCCUCAUUCUUAGUUCCUACCCUUUUUCUUUUUUUUUGCACUUAUGCUUUUGUCUGAAGUCAAUCGAUGUGUCUUUCCAUCUGUUUUAAUAUUGUUUUUGGUGGAAGAGUAAGAGACAGAGAAGGAGGGUAUUUUUUGUUCCCUGUUUUUCUAUUUAACUUUGUUUUGUACUUUUUUUGUAACUUCAUCCACUUGGCAGCUUGAUAUUUAAUGUCUUUUUAAGGCGGUGUGUGUAUGUGAAUGAAUGUGUGUGUAAGCACUGUCUCAGCCUACUACUAGAAUAGAUUCAACUCCACCUCACAGAUCUUUGACCUCCUUCAAGGCAUUAAUGGAGACUUCAUACUGUGGCGGCCAUGUUGUUUGCCCUCUUUAACUAUUAUAUUGUGACGAUGACAUCAUCUUUUCCUUGUGACCUUAACAGCAUCACAUAACCACUUGAUUUAUUCUUUGUUUUUUGAAUAUUUUUUUGUUUGAGGGUUCUCUUCCUUACUCAUCUCCCUACCUUCAUGGCUUUGCAUAUGCAGAUAGUACAUGCACAGAUAACUACACAUGCACACACAGUGCACAGUGCAGCCUCUGUGUUUUACUGUGGUCGGAUUGUGGCCGUGUCCUCUUCUGGUAAAACAGUCAGACUACUGUAGCCGCUCUGUUUGUGCCCCCGCUGUUAUGUGAUCGCUAUGAAGGCUUGCCAUUGUGUGACCAAAAAUCAUUUUUGUCGUCGCUCAGCCACUCAGAACCGGUCUGGGCCAGAGCCCCGACCUGGGAGCAACCCAGGAUGCAGAAAAUAAACGGCCAUCUUUGCCCUGCCUCAUCUUUUGUUUAAUGUUCUGUGUCUGUCUGACAGCAAAAUGGUGCUGGUUUGAUGCUUUUUUUUUCUCUGUGUGUAUGUGUUGUUUCUUUACCCUCUUUUAUCACUGAUAUGUUGUUGUUUUUUCCCUCCAAAAUUGACAAAGAUGUCAUAAAAAAAAGAAAGAUGAUGAUCUCCUUGGAAAAAAAAAAAGCUUUUUAUUUGAGUUGCAUGCUGAAAAGCAGAUAGUUUCUG